CAAUAAAUGUUACAAUCGUAAACUUGUAAUGCAAUUUCACAACGUCUCUCUGAAAUGAUAAAAAUACAAUAAAAUAUAACUCUAACGUUGAUUUGCUUCGCGCCGAAGCGCCCGAAGACAUGAAGACACUGUUAGUAAUAUUUGCAUUAUGUAUUAAUUACGUCCUAUGUGAAAAAUUUCCUGUAAAAAGCUUUCCAAAGAAAGUAAGGCCAUACGGCAACGGAAAGAUCUUAAUAAACUCCGCCAAAUAUGACUUCAAAUCAAGACAUAAUAGGCCGGACCCAAGACCAUUUAAAGGACCGAAGACGUACACUGUGUUCCAAGUAGUUGGCAUACCAAAGACGGUCCAGGGUGUUCCCGAAAGCCCUUACUUUCCCAUAGAUCAGGGUUACGACCACAAAACCCGGGUCAAGAAAGUUUUACCUGACUAUGCUUGGACGUCACAUCGAAUUAAGAGAUCUGCCGCAGUUAAUGAAACCGACAAAAAAGAUGACAAGGUGAAAACAGCUGCUCAAGCAAAAACGGCGCCUAAUUUAUCGAAAGGAAAUCCAAAAAGUGAAGUCACAACAACUAAGGAGGAUGUGACCAAAACAGCAACAAAAAUAGCCGUUUCCGCGAAUAAAGAAGCUGAUAAGAAAGUCGAACCAAAAAUAGUAAAGUUGAUCGGUGGUAAUAAAAAUCCACAACAAAGAUCCGAUGCAAAACUCGAUGUAGAAACUAUCAAGACUAAACCUACAACACAAUCCGGGUCGAAAGGGAAGGCUAAAAGACAAACAGACCAAAAUGCAAAGCCAAAAGCCAAAUCAAAACAUCCGGCAGCCGCUAGAGCGAAAGCUAAAGGAAAGAAAAAAACCACUGUUGCUGACGUAGGGGCUAAAAAAGAAUCCGCUACGAAUGUGAAAGCUAAAAAGAACGCUACAAUCACCAGAGCAAAGACAGGCGGCUCGAGAAAGAAAGCAAAGAAACGCACUGGAAAGGCAGCCCCAAAGAGAAACGAUAAGGCAGCACCAAAGAAGGACCAAAAACCAGCGCCUCAGAGAGCCAAGAGUCGUAGAGGAGCAAAGAACGCUACAAAAAAGAAGCCAGCUAACGAAACACGUGCGGGAAAGACGGAGAAGAAACCAAAAGCUGAACGGCGGCUGAUCUCGGCCAGAGAGGCCCUCAUUGAAGACUAUCCUUACGUGGUCUCCAUUCAGAAGGAUGAUCAGCACUGGUGCUCUGGGGCACUGCUGAACCCUCGCCUGGUGAUAACCACGGCCAAUUGUCUAUGGAAAGCCAAUCGAGUAUCCCGAAUGGAGGUGCGAGCAGGAUCCCGUCACAUAGACCGCGACGGUCAGGUGGCUGGCAUUCAGGAGGUCAUGAAGCACCCCAACUGGGGCUUGCGCAAGAAUCCCGAUAAUGAUGUCGCCCUGAUACUUCUGGAUAGGAACAUCAGGUUUUCACAUGACGUGCAUGGCGUGGACAUACCGAACAAAGUCAUGAUGCCAGCCUUCGACGAUGCUUGGGUCACCAGCUGGGGCGCUGAAAGACGAGAUGGAGUAUACGACACAGACUCGACGUCACUGCAAGUAUACCACACGCGGCUGAUGGACCGGGAGAAGUGCAACAACAUCACCAUGCGGUUCAGCGUCAUCGUCUCUGAGAACUUCAUCUGUUUGUCGCAGAGUGGGAAAGCUGCGCCUUGCACUCGAGAUACAGGUGCCCCAGCUGUGAGUGAUGGCAUCCUUUGGGGUCUAGCGUCAUGGGGGAUCAGAAAAUUAUGCGGCACCGAGCGGUUCCCAGCGAUGUUCUCAUACCUAGCUUCGCACUCCAACCUGGAUUUCAUCACGAAUGCUACCCAUUUCCUGAUGUCUGACCAGAGGCACUACCCUUACGGAGACCGCUACCCCAGUGGAUUACCUCAGGCACCUAAGGUAGGAAGGAGUAAGAAGAAAUCGCAAUCAUAAGGGAUGGUUUUGAACGUUUUUCGGCUGUGUUCCCGAAUUUUUAGUUAAGGAUUGUAUAAGUUAAAAUAUAUAA